GUCACCCUGUGGUUUGACUUCUCUUGCUCAGUCCUACUCUGUCCUAAGUAUUUAGUUUUGUUGAAGCCAUGAAUUAACUGAAAAACAGUUAUUCAAAAGAAACGAAAUGCGUACAGUGAAGAGUAUUAUUUACCGCUUUCUUCCAUUUCUAAUCGUUGCGACGUCAGAAGCCAAAAAGAAUGUCUUAUUGAUCAUAGCUGAUGACCUUCGUCCAGCUCUCGACUGUUAUGACGACAAGAUAGCUAAAACUCCACAUCUAGAUGAACUAGCAAAUCGUUCCAUGUUAUUCUCGACGGCUGCUGCUCAACAAGCUCUCUGUGCCCCGAGUCGCACUUCAUUUCUGACCAGUAGAAGACCAGAUACUACUAAGAUAUAUGCUAAUAAAGGGGCAUUUUACUGGCGUGACAAGAGGAAUUUCACUACCCUUCCACAAUAUUUCAAACAAUCGGGAUAUAUAACUGCAUCUGUCGGGAAAGUCUUCCAUAGUGGUCAAGUGUCGAAUGGAACGUAUGACUACCCCUAUAGCUGGUCACUACCUCCAUUCAUCCCUUCAACACUCAAAUACUCCAAUACGAAGGUUUGCCCUACUCGCGAUGGUUCCUUACAUACUAAUAUAUACUGUCCAGUAGAUGUCUCCAGGCAACCAGAAGGRACCCUYCCAGAUAUUCAAAACACACAUUUUGCACUUCAACUUCUCAAAAGUUUCUCUUCUCAAGAGGAAAAAAAGCCCUUCUUUCUUGCAGUUGGUUUUUACAAGCCGCACAUUCCACUGAGAUUUCCUAAAGAGUUCCUUAAAUUAUAUCCAUUGACUACYAUCCCUAUCGCUCGGGAUCCGUUUUUGCCUCUAAACCUCCCGUCUGUAGCGUAUGAGCCGUGGACAGACCUGAGAUGGCGGGACGAUAUAGCAGCGUUAAAUCUYAGCUUCCCUUACGGKCCAAUGCCRWCAUUGUACGCUAAAAAGAUACGACAAGGCUACUAUGCUUCUACAUCGUACAUUGACAGCCUUAUAGGGGAUCUUCUUCAAGGGAUUGAAACCUAUGGUUUGAAAGAAAACACCGUUAUAGUAGUAACAGGGGAUCAUGGUUGGGCUCUGGGCGAGCAUGAUGAAUGGUGCAAGUAUAGCAAUUUCCGUGUUGCGACGAACGUGCCGUUAAUAGUUCACGUGCCUAAUCUAACGGACAAGAAACGCGCUACGAAAUCUAGUGGACUUGUGGAGUUAGUUGACUUAAUGCCUUCUUUGGCUGAUAUUUGUGGACUAGAGAAAGUAGAGCGAUGUCCCAGAGAGUCAAGUAAUGUUGUCAYGUGUACAGAAGGGUUGAGUUUCUAUCCASUUAUAAAASACCCGACGAAGUCAUGGAAGAAAGCAGUUUUUAGUCAGUAUCCAAGACCUUCCGUCMAACCAGCCAUGAAUACAUGUCCUCUCAACCAACAUGAUAUUACUAUUAUGGGAUAUUCCAUGCAAACAUCCGAUGGCUAUCGCUACACAGAAUGGAUUGAGUUURAAAACUUUUCUGCAAACUGGACGAACAUUUAUGSCAAAGAGCUCUAUUUAGACACAAAGGAAAACACGAACGUUGCAUACUCACCAAAAUAUAACGAACUAACUGAAUUAUUAUCAAAGCAACUACGUGCUGGAUGGAUUGGGGCUCUGCCAACGAUCUUAUGAUUACCAGAUWCACUUGUUWUSUAGCRAGGGACAACACARGGUAGCAAUCCUAAUUCAACAUGAAWAUAUAGGCAGAAAACUUCAAGACGUAGUUUCAAGAUUUUUAAUUGUUGUAUGGAUAUUGGCAUUGGUUAUGCUUAAUGUGUCUUUUUGUUUCCGUAGUUAGUGCCCCUUGUCUAGCGAGUAGUUUCUCAAUAAGAAACUCCAAGUGUCUGUUUUGUCUCCUUCAAAAGGUUUCUCGUUUGCUUUGUUACUUUACUUUGAAAAUCAUGCAAUAAACACGAUACGAUAUUUUUUUAAA